AGACUUUUUGCGUUUAAUUUUAUUUGUGCUUGUAUUUUUAGUAACGAUUAAAACGCGUUGAAAUAGGUAAAAAAUGUUUUAAUGUUGAAUUAAUAAUUAUUAAUAUCUUUAUUGUAAUUAAUUUAUUAUCGUCUUGUUUUAUUUUUGUUUCAAUUUGUGAUAACUGUGUGUGUAGUGGUAGUAAUUUAGUUCCUGAAAAUCAACCAUCGCCAUUUUUGGUAUUUACCGGUAGAAGAUAAAUUAAAUUUUAAGUACAAAUGUCAGUAGACAAAGAAGAGUUAGUGCAGCGCGCAAAACUAGCCGAACAGGCGGAAAGGUACGAUGACAUGGCAUCGGCGAUGAAAGCUGUUACAGAAACCGGCGUCGAGCUUUCGAACGAGGAACGAAAUUUGCUAUCCGUAGCUUAUAAGAACGUGGUCGGCGCCAGACGAUCGUCAUGGCGAGUGAUAUCCUCAAUCGAACAAAAAACAGAAGGAUCAGAACGGAAACAGCAAAUGGCCAGAGAAUACAGGGAAAAAGUCGAGAAAGAAUUAAGGGAUAUUUGUUACGACGUUUUGGGUUUAUUGGAUAAAUACCUUAUACCUAAAGCAAGUAAUGCAGAAAGUAAAGUGUUUUAUUUAAAAAUGAAAGGCGAUUACUACAGGUAUUUAGCCGAAGUAGCCACCGGUGACACGAGAUCUACGGUAGUCGAAGAUUCGCAGAAAGCCUACCAAGAAGCGUUCGACAUAUCGAAAUCAAAAAUGCAGCCGACUCAUCCAAUUAGGCUGGGACUAGCGUUGAAUUUCUCGGUGUUCUAUUACGAAAUAAUUAAUUCGCCCGCUCGGGCCUGCCAUUUAGCCAAACAGGCGUUCGACGAAGCGAUCGCCGAAUUAGACACACUAAACGAAGACAGUUACAAAGACUCAACGCUAAUCAUGCAGCUAUUAAGGGACAAUUUAACGUUAUGGACGACAGACGUCGCCACCGAAGAAGAGCCAAUAGAAGGCGGCGAAAAUUAAAUAAAAUUUAAGUUUUAUUACUACUAUUAUUAAUUAUUAUUAUUUUUUUUUAUAUUAUAUAUUUCGCGCGAGGGCUGUUAGCAAGAAGUACCUACUACUGUAAUAUUGAAAACGAAAUUAAAAAUGGAAAAAAAAACUGUAAAAACGUAAAAAUUGAAAAUUCAAAACAAGCAGCAAAAAAUACUACAUUUAUAUAAUAUUUACUUUUACCGUUUCGAAGAAUAUUAUGUUGUUUUUUGGAGGAGAAAAAAAAUAAAGGAAAGACGAAAAUUAUACGAUGAUAAUAAUAAUAAUAUUUAAAAAAAAAUAGGUAGUUUUUUUUUCUCGAAAAUAUAAUAAAAUCGAUGUAUUAAAAAAAAAUGUGAAAAAUUGGUCGAAUUUUUAUCCUCAUCACACACGUCAUGUAACUGUACGUAAUGUGUUUUUGUUUCCUUUCUCUCUCCUAUUUACUAAUAAUAAUAAUAAUGAUAAUAUUAAAAAUAAAAUAAUAAUAAUCGUGUACGUACCUUUAAACAACGAGCAAACACUGCACAAUGUCCUGAAAUAAUUAUUACCUAUAUUCCAAUCACCUAUCGUGUCUCACACCUCUUGAUAGUUGUUUACCUAUGUACUACAAUAUAUUAUGCUGAUGCGAAGCCCUUGAAUAAUGGAAAAAAAAGAAAGAAUUCGUUGAUAAUUUCUAUCUACUUUUGGACUUUUGAUUAUUUAUUUUUUUUUUGUAUUUCUUACGACGCCGCCUCCGCCUAUGUUCACACAACAACCGCGUUCGUUAUUCUGUCCGUUUCUCGAUGUAUGUAUCUAUUUGUGUGUAUGUGUGUUUUUUUCUUCUUUUUUUUCUGUUUUGUUGUUCCAUUACUUAGCAGUCCUCAAACACCCAUUUUGAAGUUUUGAAAAAUGAGAAAAAAAACGUUGGGAGUAUAGAAAAAGUUGAUAACGUUUCGUUCCAUUUUUACGAUAUAAAUACAUCCGCAUCCGUAAGAGUUAACCUUGUUUUACUGUGUACUAUAAAAAUAUUGUAAUCGUUUUCACAGACACGAGUGUUGUUGUUAAUGUACCUACCCUAUACCUAUAAAUACCUAUCUACCCCCCGAUACAACGUAUUCGAACGAGAGAAAUGACCCAGGUAUGAAUGAAAUUACACCUGAAAUUAUUAUUAUCGAAACAGAUGACCGAUGUUUGUUUUUUUUUUGCGGGGUAUUUGCGCCAUACACGAUCGUAUUAUAUAAUGUAUAAAAUUUACUUCUGGAAAAGCGAGCAAGACUAUAGUGUUGUAAUAGUACGAAAUAUAAUGGCUAAAUCGAUUCCACGGGCUCUCUGGAGAGUACGUCUGCGUAUAAAUCACGUUCGUAGACAUUUCCUCCUCACUCCCCCCCUCCCACCCCCACCCCUGCUCCUUUAUUUAAAGUUUAACCGUCGCUUGAUUCCGUAUGUAUGGUAAAAAAAAAAAAAAAUUCGCUCGAAUUCUCUCAAUAUAUAUAUACUUACCUAGAUAAUGAAAGAGGAAAAAUUCUGCGUCUGAAAAGGGAAAAAUCUGCCAGAUCUGCGUGUCUUUGAAAUUGGAAAAAAUUAUAUUGUAAUUUGUGUAGAGAUGUAAUUUUUUUUUGAUACUGAUUAUGUUUAAUAUAAUACCUUUUCUCUCUUUUUUCUGUUCUUUUUUUUUUUUUUUUUUGUUUUUUUGGUUUGUUUAUCGCACAUUAUUAUUAAAAUGUAUGAAAUAAUAAUAUAUCUCUGUGUAAUAUUAACGAUAUUAUCGAUUCGAUGUAGCGUUGUUGGAUUUUUAUCAAUUAAAUUGAUAAGAGAACGAAUGACAAGCGAUUUGGUAUAAUUAAAAAGUGAAAAAAUUUAAACAAAUUACAUUAUUGUUUUUUUCGACGAAGUACACGGAUGGAAAAGAUGA